CCGGGCGCCGCGCGCUGACUCCGGCGGCCGCCGCUUCCGAGUAAACAGCGCGGGAGGGGCCGCCCCGCCAUGGCCGGCCGCGGCGCCUUCCCGCUCAGCCCGCUGCCCCCCGCCGCCGCCCCGCCGCCCCCGGGGCCCGCGGCCGCCAUCCUGCGGGGCCCCAGCCCGGCUCCCGCCGCCGCCGCCGCCUCCCCGGGCUACCGCCCCAUGGGCCCGGCCGCCGCGCAGUACCAGCGCCCCGGGAUGCCGCCCGGCAGUCGGAUGCCCAUGGCAGGGCUGCAGGUGGGACCACCAGGAGCCCCCCCCUAUGGAGCAGCCUCCCCGAUGAGACCUGGCCUGCCGCAGUCGAUGAUGGACCCCUUCAGGAAGCGCCUGCUGACCCCCCAGGCACAGCCACCGCUGGCCACCCAGAGGAGAGGGGUGAAAAGGAGGAAGAUGGCUGACAAGGUCCUGCCACAGAGGAUCCGGGAACUGGUCCCAGAAUCCCAGGCCUACAUGGACCUCCUCGCCUUUGAGCGCAAGCUGGACCAAACCAUCGCUCGGAAGAGAAUGGAGAUUCAGGAGGCCAUUAAGAAACCACUGACGCAAAAGCGGAAGCUGAGAAUUUACAUCUCCAACACUUUCACCCCAGCCAAAGAAGAAGGGGAGGGUGGUGAGCGUGUGGCCUCCUGGGAGCUGCGCGUGGAGGGCAAACUGCUGGAGGAUCCGAGCAAGCAGAAGAGGAAGUUCUCCUCCUUUUUCAAGAGCCUCGUCAUUGAGCUGGACAAAGAGCUGUACGGGCCAGACAACCAUCUGGUGGAGUGGCACCGGCUGCCCACAACCCAGGAGACCGAUGGCUUCCAAGUGAAGCGUCCCGGCGACGUCAAUGUGAAAUGCACUCUGCUGCUCAUGCUGGAUCACCAGCCACCACAGUACAAACUGGACCCUCGCCUGGCCCGCCUGCUCGGGGUGCACACCCAGACCCGCGCCAGCAUCAUGCAGGCGCUCUGGCUCUACAUCAAGCACAACAAGCUGCAGGACAGUCACGAGAAGGAGUACAUCAACUGCAACCGCUACUUCCGCCAGAUCUUUAACUGUGUCCGCAUGCGCUUCUCUGAGAUCCCCAUGAAGCUGGCGGGGCUCCUGCAGCACCCAGACCCCAUCAUCAUCAACCACACCAUCAGCGUGGACCCCAAUGACCAGAAGAAGACUGCCUGCUAUGACAUCGAUGUGGAGGUGGAUGAUCCCUUGAAAGCUCAGAUGAGCAACUUCCUGGCUUCCACCACCAACCAGCAGGAGAUCGCCUCCCUGGAUGCCAAGAUUCAUGAGACCAUCGAAUCCAUCAACCAGCUGAAGACACAGCGCGAUUUCAUGCUGAGCUUCAGCAACAACCCCCAGGAUUUCAUCCAGGAAUGGAUCAAAUCCCAGAGGAGGGACCUGAAGAUCAUAACGGAUGUGAUCGGGAACCCCGAGGAGGAGCGGCGAGCCGAGUUCUACCAGCAGCCCUGGGCGCAGGAGGCUGUGGGCAGACACAUCUUUGCCAAGGUCCAGCAGCGUCGGCAGGAACUGGAACAAGUGCUCGGGAUCCGCCUCACCUAAGGGGCUGGUGGGGGCUCGGGAGCUCCUUCUCCUCUCCCUGCUGCCUGAGCCUGACGGUACUUCUUACUGGAAUCAAACACAGCACUUGCACAAGCCCUACGUGCCUGGAGGGACUCGGAGCCACUCGCACCCCUGGGCUCCCCUCGGCCGGGAAGCUCUGGCCACAGGCAGAGCACAGUGGAGGGGUCCCCCGGUCCCCCCCCACCCCUCAACUCCUGCUGCAGCCCUUCUGCUGCAUUAACACAUCCUGCUUUUGCAUCGUGCUGUUCGCCUCCUUCCCCUUAGCACUAAAUGCAGCCCUCCUGCCGGUGCUGCCUGCCCUGCCAGCCCUCCCUGAGCCCAGCCGCUGUGAAGGCAGGCCCGGCCCUGCCCCUCUUCAACCAAAGUUUUGUCAUUCCAAAUGCCAGCCCCUCCCCCCUCCCUGCUGGUGCCCGAUGUUUUGCACUAUUUUUGUGAACAGGUUUUAUAAAAAAAAAAAAAAAAGCGUUUUGUACAGUGGGUUUGUAUUUGAUUAAUAUAUUGAGUUCCUUUUACUGCACUCAUUGCCUCAAUCUAUGCAGUGGUUCGUGGUGAUCUCAGAGGGCUGGCUCGGGCCAAGCUGUUCUUUUUAUACAUAACCAAGUUUUUUAGCAUUAAGUUUUUGACAAUCAGUUGAUUACUUCACCCUCCCCCUGCUGUUUUACAUAAUUAGCAAUGUCUCGUGAGCGAUAAGAGGUCUUGGGGGGGGGGGGGGGCAGAGGGGGUAGCUCUGGCCCCAGGAGCCUGGGGGCAGCAGGUCACCAGGGCUCUGAGCGUGCAGCACAGAGAGAACUGGAUAUACUGGGGAGGGAGGGGAUCACAGGGCUGAGGGGACGGUGCCACCACCCACCGGACCCACUGAAGUGCCUUAACCCCACUGGCCUCUGCCCCCAGGCUCCACGUGGCCUGAGCAGCUCUGCCUCCUCAGGGAGGUCGAAGGCAGAGGGGAUGGGGGCGUUUACAUAUUCCCAGGGUGUAUGGCUCAGGGGUGCCUGCUCUGCCUCUUGUGUAACCAUUUUUUGUCUAUUUUGGAUAUUUUCUAAUAAAACCAAUUAGCAGCA